GUGAUCGUCCUUUUCGAUAUUUUUUUCUUGUCAAUAAAUAUCAAAAGACAUACACUUGCAUAUACUUGUAGAAAUUUUGCCUAGGAAGCCCCGUGAAAUCGUCACAGAUAAGAAACCAAGCACGUCUCAACCAACACACUAACAGCUGCGGGCACAAUCGUACAUAUAUGGUAGAUGUAUGCUCACAGCUUUCGUAUUUCGGGGAUCUUCUCUACAGCAAAAAGCCACGAGAUCUAAAAGAUAAGCGAAAUGCGAACAAUUCUAUUCCAGCUCCGGAAUCGCAUAAAUGCACGCUGCAGCGCUCAGCAAAGCAUCAGUUAACACACAGCAAUCAACUAGCGGUGAUCAGCUCCCAAGUCUAAUCUUCGCAAAUUCUCAAUUUUCAAAAAAAGUUAUUACAAUGAAGCUCUACUUGCUCGCCUUGGUCGCUGCAGUUACAUUCAGCGCCUACGUAGAAGCUCAUCCACAACGAGCAGGUGCACAAACUUUGAUCUACUAUCCGCGAACGACACCCCCACCACGUCCCAUCUUCGCGCGUGUGGCACGUGAUGUUGGUGUUGGCGGCUCGUUGGCGAGUAAUCCACGUGGUGGCGCCGAUGCACGCUUAGACAUUGCCAAGGCAAUUGGCAAUCCUAACCACAAUUUGAUUGCUGGUGCUUUUGCUGCUGGAAACACCGAUUAAUUAUAAGAUUCUUUGGUGCAAACAAUUAUGUGGUUAACUUGAAAAAUAUUUAUUCAAUAAAAAGUUAAGCAACUAAAUUUCA